CUUUAUCGUGGGACACCAGGCGGAAGUGGUUUGUCUCUUGAAGACCGUCAGUGUUUUUGUGUUUUUGGAGUGAGUUGGGAGAAGGUUGUGUCGCGUCCCGGAUAAAUGUUUGAGUUGUUGAAGCAACAAUGUCUUCAUCUGAGAGUUUGAGAGAGUUGAUCAUCGAGCGACUAACUGCUGCUGCUGAAGAAAUAUUCGGACUCUUUGAAAGAACUGUCGUCCAGUACGAGGAAGAGAUCGAUCGUCAGCGCAGACUGCUGGAUAUCACCUGGAAACCUGAGAUAAAGUUACACAGAAUAGUUGGGAGCUUGAGAGAUUUGAUCACCGAGCGAUUGAUGGCUGCUGCUCGAGAGGAAAUAUUCGGACUCUUUGAAAGAACUUUCGUCCAGUACGAAGAAGAGAUCGAUCGUCAGCGCAGACUGCUGGAUAUCACCUGGAAACCUGAGAUAAAGUUACACAGAAUAGACCAGCCACAGCAUUAUGUUUGUAAGGAGGAGGAGGAGGAAGUUGUAGAUGACCAGCUUUCUAAGCAGGAGAGGGCCUCCAGUCUGAACCAGGAGGAACCAGAACCUCUACAGCUUAAAGAGGAACAGGAGGAACCAGAACCUCCAGGGAUAAAACAGGAACAGGAGGAAUUCUCCUGCAGCAGUCAGCCGGAAGAACAUCUUGUAUUGAAGCUGGAGGCUGAUUCCUUGAUGGAGACUUGUACUGAUGAGGAAAGUGAGCUCAGUGAACCACAACCAAAAAGUGAGAGCCCAGAUCAGGGAGGAAUCGAGUAUGUGGACUCAGGAUCAACUAGAAAUGCAGAGCUGAAUCCAAAGAAGAGAAGAAGACAUUGCAGAGACACAAGUCACAGUAACAAUGUAGACAACUCUCCCAUGUCAGAGAGUCAGAGUGAUACUGACACAGAUAAAAAGUCUGUAACAUGUGACAUCUGUGGAAAAACCUUCAAGACCAAUUUCAACAUGAGGGUGCAUCGCAGAUCUCACACAGGUGAGAGGCCAUAUUGUUGCGAAACAUGUGGGAAGAGUUUCAGAAGGACUGAUAACUUGUCAGUCCACAUGAGAAUCCACACCGGUGAGCAUCUGUAUUUCUGUGACAUCUGUGGGAAGGGUUUCCGUUGGAAAAGUCACCUUAAUGCCCACAUGAGGACUCACACGGGUGAGAAGCCAUACCUCUGUAAAGUGUGUGGGAAAAGAUACUCGGCCUUGUCGUCAAUUAGAAAUCACAUGAGAAUCCACUCGGGUGAGAGGCCGUACUGUUGCGAGACAUGUGGGAAAAGUUUCAGUCAGGGUAGCCAUUUGACCGCACACAUGAUGACUCACACAGGGGAGAAACCGUACCUCUGUAAAGUGUGUGGUAAAGGUUUUGGUCGUAAUACUCAUUUGACGAGUCACAUGAAGACUCAUACAUGUAAGAAGUUUUCAUCCUGAAAUAUUCAUUCAUUCUCUGUAACCAGUUAUCCUCUGGAGGGUCACAGGGGGUUGGAGUCAUUGGGCCAGAGGUGGGGUCCACCCUGGACAGGUCUCCAGUCUGUCUAGGGCUACCACAGAGAGGCUAAUGUAGAAUCACCAAUGAACCUAUAUGUACUUGGACAGUGGGAGGAAACCAGAGUACCUGGUGAGAACCCACACAAAAACAGGCGACAGCUGUGAGACAUCGAUGCUAGCCGCCAAAAAGACAAAUUUGUUGAGGUUGAAAGUAGAACUUAAAGAUACAAAGUGCCUUCAGACUCUGCUUCAACAACCUUGUGGGUUUGCUGCUUGUAACACUGUGUGAGCUUGAUUUAAUAAAGUCUUUUUUACCAGUU